AUGCGAGGCAGUAGCUCGCUGGACAGUUUACCCGGCAAAGGACAUCUCGACACGCUGGAAAUUGAGAAUUUCAAAUCGUACAAAGGAUUUCAUCUCAUCGGUCCAUUCAGUCGAUUCACUGCGAUUAUUGGACCGAAUGGAUCAGGAAAAUCCAAUUUGAUGGACGCAAUUUCGUUCGUUUUGGGAGAAAGACCGGGUAGUCUUCGUGUUAAGAAGUAUACUGACCUAAUCCACGGCGCUCCAAUCAACAAACCAGUGGCAAAGAAGUGUCGAGUGACAAUGAACUACAAAUAUGCGGAUGGAAGGAAGAAGGCGUUCACACGGGGAGUGAAUAACGGAGUGUCUGAACAUCUUCUAGACGGUCAAUUGGUCACUGGACAGGUCUACGCUCACGAAAUGGAAUCAAUCAAUAUUUUCAUUAAAGCCAGAAAUUUUUUGGUUUAUCAAGGAGCCAUUGAGAAUAUUGCGAUGAAAAAUCCAAAAGAAAGAACUCAACUGUUCGAAGAGCUCUCUCGUUCCCAUGAAUUUCAGACGGAAUACGAUAAAUUGAAGAUUGAAAUGACGAAAGCCGAGGAUGAUACUCAACACAAUAUGAAUAAACGACGAGGAAUUGCUCAGGAGAAACGAGAAGCGAAAAUGGAGAAAGACGAGGCGGAGAAAUAUCAACAGUUGAAGAAUGAUCUGGCUGCGAAGAGCACGAUGCUCUAUCUUCAUCAGUUAUUCCAUUGUGAACGAUUGAUUAAUGAAUCGAGAGAACAGAUUAGUGAACAGAAGAAGGCUAUUGCGAAUUUGGAGAGGACUAAGACGGAAGAAGAGUCGAAAAUUGCGAAUGUUCAUCAAGACCAUAAGAAAGUGCAACGUGAAGUGCAGAAACUGUCUCGAAAACUCGACCAAAACGAGUCGGAACUUUUGGAGAAGCAACAAGAGAUGCUCACUCUGAAAGUGUCUGUCGCUCACGAACAGAAGAAAUUGGAGACGGCGAAGAAAAUGUUGUCGGCGGCAGAAGCGAAAGCGGAGAACAAUACGAGUCAGUUGGCUGAAUUGAAGAAGAGAAAGAAAGAGUUGGUGAAGGAGAAGACGUCGUACGAAAAGGAGAUUCAAGAGAUGAUGCAACGCGGUGAGCUGAAUCUAUCCGAAGAGCAAGUCCGUGAAUACGAAGAGCUCAAAGAUCGUGCUCACCGAGAAUCGGCUCUCGUUCAAAGGGAGCUCCUCACGUCGAUUCAAGUGUUCGAAGGUGAUAAAAGUGCAUUGAGUCACGAGUUGAGACGACAGAAAGAGGCACAAGAUAGAGUAAAAGCGAAGGAAGCGGAUGUUCAACGAUUGGAACGACAGAUUUCGGCUCUCGGACAGAAAAUUAAGGAGACUGAGGAGGAGAAUAAGGCGUUGAAGGACAAUUUGAGAAAAAUCGAGAGUGAAGUGGUUAUCGACAAAUCCGCAGCCGCCGAAUACAACAAAGAGCUCGUCUCAGUGAUUCGUCAACUGUCAGAUGCCUCCGGAGACUCUGCAGAAGGCGAGAGGAAUCAGAAGAGAACGGAAGCACUCGAUGGACUCAAAAGGAAUUUCCCCGAUGGAGUAUUCGGACGACUCGUUGAUUUGUGUCAACCGUCGCAUAAACGAUUCAAUAUUGCGACGACGAAGAUUCUCGCGAAACAUAUGAACAGUAUUGUUUGUGAUAAUGAGGAGACUGCAGCGAGGGCUAUCGCUUUUUUGAAGGAAAACCGUUACGCGCCGGAAGUGUUCCUGCCGAAUGAAGCGCUCGUCGUCAAUCCGAUCAACGAGAAAUUGCGUGAAAUCAGGCGUCCGGCGGGUGUGAAACUCGUCUUCGACGUCAUCAACGUCCAUCAUCAGGCCGCCCGAAAAGCGCUUCAAUUCGUUUGUGGCAAUUCGUUGGUCUGUGAGAAUCAAGAGGACGCGAAACAGUUGGCUUACGGUGGAACUGAUCUACGAGAUCGAUACAAGGCCGUGUCGAUGGAUGGAACACUUUUCCAGCAGUCGGGAGUCAUGUCGGGAGGAUCCGCUGAUUUGAGAGCCAAAUCCAAGAAAUGGGAUGAGAAAGUCGUGAAACAACUCCGUGAGAAACGUGACGAUUUGAACGAGAAGAUCGCCGAUCUCCAAAAGAAUCGUCGUCGAGAAAUAGAAGUUGAGGGAGAACGGUCGAAGAUAGCGUCGAGUGAGCAGAGACUUCAAAUAUGGAAGAAAGAAUUGAAGAAUCUGAGAGAAAUGCAAUUGGAACGACUUCAGAACGAGUUGGAGGGUCUGACGGCCGAGUUGAACAUCCCCGAAUCGCCAACUGGGAAGAAAAAGUGCGCAAAAGCGAGGCGGGCCGUUCAGGAGCUCCAAACGAAGAGCAACGAAGUCGCUGAUCGAAUUUUCGCCGAUUUUUGUCAACGCGUCGGUAUCGAAUCGAUUCGAGAUUACGAGAAUCGAGAGAUGAGAAUCAAACAAGAAAUGGAGGAUAAACUUCGUUCGUUUGACGACGAUAUUCAGAAGUUGACGUACGAAAUCGACUUUGUCACCGAACAGGACGGACAACGAAAAGUUGAUGUGGAGAAGGAGAAGGUGUCACAAAUCGAGAAAUCAUACAAAGAGAUGAAAUCAAAGGAGAAGUCGGCGGCGUCCGAUUUGAAGAAACACACGGAAUCGAUGAAAGAGGCGAAAGAAGUGCUCGACGAGAAGAAGGAGGCGGCUAGUCGACUGGAAACCGAAUGGAAUGAAGUCAAGAAAUUGGCACAGACGGCGAUGAAAGAGUUUACAAAGGCCGAAAAGGAAUUGUUGCGAUUGGAGAGUCUUUUGACGAAGAAACAGUAUGAGAGACACUCUUUGCUGCAUUCUGUCAAAUUGGGACAGUUGGCGUUGCCGUUGAAAUCGGGUAGUAUGGCUGAUGUCGAGUAUGAGGAGGAUGAUGGAGACGACAGUUCAUCGCAGUCAUCUCAACAGUCUCAACACGAUGGACCGAGUGUAUCGGAUGAACAGAUUCAACGAGAGCAACACAUCAAAAUCAACUAUGACUCAUUGCCAAGCGAAUACAAAGAUAUUGACGAUGACGACGGUGUCCGUCAGGCGACGAAUAGACUCAACGUAGAAAUCGAAGAGUUACAAAAGAAUGUAUCGAAGAUGAAUGCACCGAAUCUGAAAGCGAAUCAACGAAUGGCUGAAGUGAGAGAACGAGAAGCCGAAUCGACGGAAGAAUUAGAGAAUGCGAGGAAAAAGGCGAAGAGAAUCAGACAGGCAUUCGAGAAGGUAAAAACCGAUCGUUACCGCCGAUUCCAAGACUUUUUCGAUCCGGUGGCCAACACAAUUGAUGAUAUCUACAAACAACUGUCUCGUAACACCUCCGCUCAGGCGUUCCUCGGUGCGGAUAACAUGGAAGAACCGUAUCUGGAUGGAAUUCAAUAUAACUGUGUAGCGCCCGGAAAACGAUUCCGUCCGAUGGAUAAUUUGUCGGGAGGAGAGAAAACGAUUGCCGCGUUGGCAUUGCUAUUCGCAGUACACGGAAGGAAUCCAGCGCCGUUCUUUGUUUUGGAUGAGAUUGAUGCUGCGUUGGAUAAUACGAAUAUUGGAAAGGUGGCCUCAUACAUCUGUGAUUCGGCACGCGAACACAUGCAAAUCAUUGUGAUCUCACUGAAAGAGGAAUUCUACAACAAAGCCGACUCACUCAUCGGUAUCUUCCCGUAUCCGGCGGCGUGUACCACUUCGGGAGUUCUCACUUUCGAUUUGACACGUUUCAAACAGUUGGGAAUCAACGAGAUGACUGAAAAUCCGCCGGCGUCUUCGUCUGCUGCCGCUGCGGCUACAGCUGCUGCGUCUCAUUAA